CAAGGAUAAAUCACAACUUGAAACGGCGCCCGCCAUAUUUUUUAUAGUGUUUACCACCUUUCCUAUUUAAAAGCUUACCUAGCGCCAUCUAGUGUCAUUUUGUGACAUAUUAAAUUUCGGGAAAUAAUAAAGAUGUCACUACUAUCUUUGUAACAUCGAGGCUUGUAUGAGACUGUCCCGCCCCUGGUCACGUCAAUGUCAAACAAAAUUGUCAAAUUGUUUUGUAAUGUCACCAAAGUAAACAUGAAAUAAAAAUGGUAAAAUAAUAAUAAAUAUGUUGUUUUCAAUUAAAUGAUUCGUAAUAAUCGAUUCUAUUAAUCAAAUUACAGCUACGCUUUUACUUCAUAUAAAUACAAUGAAGAUAAAUACCGUCUUAACAAAUAGGAAUUAAUUUAAAAUGUAAACAAAAGUUCUAAUCAUGAGAUAUUUUAAUAUUUCCCUUACAGUUGGCCUAUGUUUUACGGCUGUAUUUGGUGAUUUCUUAGUGUUUAGAUCUAAUUUCACGAAUUCACAAGUUAUUCGAGCUGUAACUGACAAUUUGGUUCAUGCAAUCAUUGGUUGUUUAUCAGCUAUGAUAUUCUUCAAUCAUGAAACAAAUUUAACAAGGCAAGCCUGUCAUUUGAAUAUUGCAUUUUGUACUAUGCUAUCGUCAUUCAUAGAUGUCGAUCACUUUCUUGUUGCCAGAUCACUGCAUUUAAAGGAUCUAUUUGGAUUGAAACAGAGGGGUAUUCUACACUGUACCACUACCUGGCUGAUUAUAACUGCAAUUUUAUACAUCUAUAGUUAUAUUUAUAAUAAAAAUAAUAUCCAUGUUGCAACAUGGAUGAUAUUCAUAGCUUACACUACACAUCAUUUAAGAGAUGCUAAUAGAAGGGGUCUAUGGUUGUACCCAUUUGGACACACUGUACCUGUACCUACUGUUAUGUAUAUAAUUUUGACUAUGUUCCUACCAAAUUUGUACCCACAUAUUUAUUUUUAUAUGAAACCUUUAUUAAAUAAGCACAUUGUUAUAGAUUAUACUUUAGUUGUUUAAUCUUGAAUUAUACAACUCUUAAACUGAUCAAAUAUCUGU